AUGUCUGCCAAUACUCGUGCCACCCCCGUUGCAUGCCCUCAUUGCCCUCGCAAGUGCAUCUCACAAGCUGGGCUUCUCCGGCACCUCAACCUUCAGCACCGGAGCGUUUCUGAGGACCUUCCAGACCCAAAUAUACCCCGCCCCAAGGCUACUUUUAUUCCGCACCCUCAUCUCAGCGGCCGUAAAACCACAGCAGCUGGACGCUUUCUCCUGGAGGAUGAGCCUCCUCCUCCCCCUCCUCCCGCUCCCCCUGCCCACACACCUGAUUCCUGGGCUCCAUUUGACUCACGGGCAGAGUUUGACUUCGCGUUUGACCACUAUGUGACGGCCGAGUCCUCAGCUUCCGAGAUUAGGCGUGCCCUCAGCUUCUGGGAUGCUGUAGUCACCCCACACGGUGAUGCAGCCCCUUGGAGAAAUGAAAAGGACGUCUAUGACACCAUCGACCAAAUCCCCGAGGGCGGCAUACCAUGGAAGGUGUACAAGAUUCGCUACAGUGGCCCUCGACCUCUGUCACCUCCGAAAUGGAUGACAGAGACGUAUGAGCUCUGCACCCGAGACUCCCGUGCCAUCCUCCAUCAUCAACUCGCAACACGGGACUUCGAGGACAAGAUACACUAUGCUCCAUAUCGGCACUUCAACCAUGAAGGCAAGCGGGUGUUUUCGGACCUCAUGUCCGGUGAAUGGGCUUGGCGUCAAGCGGAUACCUUGGCUGAUGAUCCACGCACGCAUGGUGCCAUGUUCGUUCCCAUUGUCGCCGGCAGUGACAAGACUACAGUGUCUGUUGCGACAGGACACCAGGAGUUCCACCCGGUUUGGCUGUCGGGAAUAGUCUCAGGCUGGUGUCCCAAGUGCGAUGCGAAGCCAGAUGCGCCUGAUGAUCCGGAUGCUCGACGACGGACAUGCGAUAAAACGGACCACUACUGUGCCCGACUUGAUACAAACGCCCUGUGGACAAAAUAUGGGAUACGACAGGAUUAUCGGCCAUUUAUGCAUCAUUUCCCUCGUGCCGACAUCCACGAGCUAUUAUCCCCUGAUCUCCUUCACCAAGUCAUCAAGGGCACUUUCAAGGACCACAUUGUUGCGUGGGUCAACGCGUACCUCAAGAUUGUCCACGGCGAGACACAGGGCAGUGCUAUCAUCGAUGAGAUUGAUCUACCCUCUUUCCCGGGGCUACACCGAUUCCCCGACGGUCGGGAUUUUGAGCAAUGGACAGGUGACGACAGCAAGGCUCUCAUGAAGGUUUAUUUGCCGGCAAUCGCUGGCUUUGUCCCCGUCAAAAUGGUACAAUGCCUCUCAGCAUUCCUCGACUUUUGUUACAUCGCGCGUCAGAAUAGCUUGUCCGCUGACGAUCUCGACCACCUCGACACCGCCCUUUCUCGUUUCCACAACCUUUGA